AGGUGUGGUAUGUUGCGGUACUUAGCGGAACAUCAAAAUUUACUAUUUAGAUCUUAGCCCAGUAGCUUGAAAACCAAAGCGUUCAGGACGUCAGUACGACGUUUUUUUAAUUUAUUGAAGUCCCUUAAAAAACUCAACCAUGGGUAAAGGAUUUAAUAAUUAUAUGACAAAGAAGUUCUUUCAUCCUGCCAGUAAAGAUAAUAUCAAACGGAAAUGGAUGGCAGAGCAGAAGACAGCUUUUGAAAAAAAACAACAAGAAGAAUUGCUUGCACAGUAUCAGAAAGAGCAAGAAGUUCUUAGCAAUAGAGCCCUGCUAGGUGAUGAGAAGGCUAAAUUAGGGUUGAGUUUCCUAUAUGACGCUCCACCAGGCCUAAAGAAAAAGGAAAUUGAUUUUACUUUCCAGGAAUCAGAGGGCUUGCAACAGGAAGUUAAAUUUGAGUGGCAGAGAAAAUAUAAUGCUCCCAGAGAGGCCUAUGCCAAAGAUGAUGACACCAUUCGAGAUCAGCCUUUUGGUAUUGAAGUAAGAAAUGUGCGCUGUAUUAAGUGUAGACAAUGGGGACAUGUGAACACGGAUAAAAUUUGUCCUCUUUAUGGGAAAAAUUUAACAGCUGAGCCAGAACUGCCCAAAUCCAGCAACUUGAGCCUGUUGGAUGGUUUGAGAGAAGAUGGAUUUACCCUGAAGAACAGUGUUCUCAGUAAAAUGAUGGAGUCACAGCCUGGAGAGCAGCACAAAAUUUUAUCUCAAGAAGAUGAUGAAGACCCUGAAGUGAAGUUUCUCAAGUCUCUUACACCAAAGCAGAAGAAGAAAUUACUCAAAAAGCUGAACAAGUUACAGUCAAAGUCAGGGGAAAUAAGCAAAAAAGUUAAACAAAGUGAAAACAAACAUAAAAGUAAGAAGUCAAAGAAGACAAAACAUCAUCAUAGUUCAUCAUCAGAAUCUGAAGAUAAACCGAACCCCAAAAAAUUAUCUGGCAGUUCACACAAAGCAAGUCACAGAGACAGGCAGACGUCUACAAGUUCUGAGGAUGAGGAGCAGGGGAGGAAAUCAAGAAGAGAUGAGCCAAAGCCAGGGCCCUCUGGCAGGGAACCACAGAGACAUAGGAGAGAACGAUCUAGAAGUAGGGAUAGAAAGGAUGAAGCUAGGGAUAGGUCUAGAAGUAGGGACAGAAAGGAUGAUACAAGGGAUAGGUCUAGAAGCAGGGACAGGAAGAAUGAUACAAGGGAUAGGUCUAGAAGUAGGGACAGAAAGGAUGAAGCUAGGGAUAGGUCUAGAAGCAGGGACAGGAAGAAUGAUACAAGGGAUAGGUCUAGAAGUAGGGACAGAAAGGAUGAAGCUAGGGAUAGGUCUAGAAGCAGGGACAGGAAGAAUGAUACAAGGGAUAGGUCUAGAAGUAGGGACAGAAAGGAUGAAGCUAGGGAUAGGUCUAGAAGCAGGGACAGGAAGAAUGAUACAAGGGAUAGGUCUAGAAGCAGGGACAGAAAGAGAGAAAGAUCAAGAAGUCGUGAACAUAAAGGAAAGAGAGAUAGAAGGUGAAAAUGUGUAGUGUACACUGGUUAGGAAGAAUUUAUAUGCACCAUGGUGAUGCUUCAGAACUUGAGUGUGUCACUACAAUAUUUUGUAUUUGAUGGAAGUUUAGUCCACUCAAAUGAAUGCAUCAUGCACGUCGAAAAAGUUCAGUUUAUGAAUGUGGGAAUGUUAUUGUCAAUUGAACUUCCUGAAAAUUGCUGACGACACUGUGUUGUCUGAAAUGCUCAUAACUGUAUUGCAGAAGUCAUGGAUUCUGUCAGUAAUUAUUCUUAAAGUUACAGCACAUUCAGACUUAUUAGUAGCUUGUCAGGUUGUAAGUGCAACAACAUUGGAUUAUCUUUUUUGUAUGGAUGAUUUAUUCUCUGUUUUUAUCUAGUUUUUAAAAGGGGUUUUAAAAUUUAUUUAAUAAGUUAAAUAAAAAAUCACUAAUCAUCUUGUAACAAAAUUGUUCUAUCAUACUUUUAAUCAUGUGUUUUAAAUUCCUGUAGAAUGUAAUUUAAAAGAGAAUUACUCAAUUCUAUGGUAUGUAUUUUUAAAAGAAAAUGUGUCAGACAAAAUUCGACUAGGUCACAUAUUUUUGUAAGGGGUAUAAAACAUGAAAUAAAACAAGUUUUUACCUCAUGUCUUAGGCUUUAAAAUCUGAGAGUCAACAAAUAAACAUUUAAUCAAUA